UCAGGCUUAACUGAACAUGGCUAUCCUCUCAUCAGUGCUCAGAUGCUGAACGUAACAGAAGCAGGUUCCUUUCUCAUCAUUAGGACGACAUAGUAAACAGAAAACAAAAUGCAGACGAUGAGAUUAUUGCCUCACCGAAGUUCAGCUCUGGGAAACCUUGGGCUGACAGAAGCAGAGAUCAGAGAGGAGGUAGAGAAUGACACAGAUGAUUUGGUCUCUGAGCUCGUUAAGCUUCCUACCAGGGCCAGAAUACGAGCAAUCAAAGCUUUGCCCAUGAGUUUCCAAGACAGAAGAAAUAUCAGGAGCAGAGUAAUAUCCGUCAGACUCUCCAGGAAGAACGUGCUUCUUAUGUGCUGUACUGAUUUCAGAGAGCAGGUUUCUCUGUCCUUCCGCAGGUUCGGCUCCUCUCUGGUCUCAGCCCAAGAGCGUUUGGUGAUCUGGCAGGACCCUCUGAAGGCGAUUGGGGGCAGGUUUGGCACCUCGGUCCUCUCCUACUUCCGCUUCCUGAAGUGGCUGCUCAUGUUCAACGUCUUCUCCCUGUUCAUCAACUUCUGCUUCAUCACCAUCCCGCAGAUUGUGUACCCACCCAAUGUCACCCACCUCACAAGCUUUAGAGGGCUGGAGCUGCUCACAGGCGCAGGUUAUUUCAAUCAGACGGUGUUCUUUUACGGAGGCUAUAAUGGUGAAGUCAUUGUGACGCAGCCUUCCUACAACAUGCAGCUGGCUUAUUUCUUCACCAUCGCGGCUUACUUGGUGCUAUGUGGAGUGUUGCUUAUCUACAGCAUGGCCAGGUCCUUCCAGAGGAACUUCACACUGAUUUCGGGUCCCGUCUACGGGGCCGCCUGGCGCCUCCUUUGCAGCUGGGACUUUAGCGUCAUCAACGAGAAGGCCAUCCAGCACCUCAAGAACAACCUCGGCAUCCAGCUGAAGGAGUCUCUUGCGGAGCGGCUGCAGAUGAAGCGGACCUCGACUGUGUCAGACAUGCUCCAGCAGCUCUCCCUGCAGCUCCUGGCCUGGCUGCUGUCUGUGGGACUCGCUGUGGCCUCCUGCACUGCCAUCUACUUCCUGGGAUCCCGCGAGAGCCAGCUGGGGCCCUUGGGCUACACUGGGGAUUUAACGGCCGAAGCCUCCACACUGCUCCUGCCUGUCGUUGUGUCUCUUAUCAACCUGAUCGUCCCUCUCAUCUACACCCUCAUUAAUAAGAUGGAGCACUACGACAGUCCUCGCACCAACAUCUACAUCAUCAUCCUGAGGAAUGUCCUGCUGAAGAUGUCCAUCCUGGGAAUUAUUUGUUACUAUUGGCUAAAUGAUGAUCCCCAGACCAUGCCUUGUUGGGAAACGUUUGUGGGUCAGAGUGUGUAUCGGCUAGUGGUAGUCGACUUCAUAUUCUGCCUGCUUGGCUCUUUCUUUGGAGAGUUCCUGUACAGUGUAAUUGGAACCAGAUGCAUUCGGAGCCUUGGUGUCCCAGAGUUCGACAUUGCUACUAAUGUACUUGAUCUUAUCUACGCCCAGACACUGGCAUGGAUCGGAAUCUACUUCUCCCCACUCCUCCCCAUCAUCCAAGUCAUUAAGUUCCUUAUCAUCUUCUACGUGAAAAGGGUCAGCCUGAACAUGAACUGCCAGCCGCCCAGACGCAUAGGCAGGGCCGCCCAGAUGGAGACCGUCUAUAUUGCCCUCCUCUUCCUCCCCUCGUUUGUGGGGGCUCUGUCUAUGGUGGCCUACACAGUGUGGAGCCUGAGGCCUUCUGAGCAGUGUGGGCCAUUCCAGGGCCUCAGCACGCCCUUCCAGGCUGUGUUGCAGUGGAUGGGCACAGUGGCGAACAUUCCAGGCAGUCGCUGGGCCUGGUGGAUAUUUGAACACAUGCUGAGAAAUGAGCUCUUCUUCUACCUCAUCACUCUCAUUGUUCUCAUUUUUACUUAUUUCCUCUGGCAAGUCACCCAGGGCCGGAAGCAGCUCAUCAGGACUCUAAGGCAGCAGAUUGCCAACGAGGGCAAGGACAAGGCCUUCCUGCUGAGCAGACUACAGAACCUCCAGAAAGGGAGAAGCGAUGCCGCAGGCUUCAGGCCUAUGGAAUUUGAUGAGAUGACCUACUUCAACCAAAACUGGAUGAACACUUUUCCCCUGAAUAUGUGAAACACUGCACUUUAUUUAGUUUGUUUUUGAUUGUACUGGAAAAAUAGUAAAUGGGUGUUCAUAGUUUGUUGGACUGAGUGAAGUAGCCAUCUCAAGCUCUUGUUCUAGGCAUGGAGGCCGAACACUGGCCUGUUUUAUCUUAUACUGCUCUCACACAUCCAAUUCUACUCUUCAACUUCAUAUCAAGUCUUUUAGGAGCUGAAUUGAGCUGGUAAUGGCAGAGAUAAACCUCGCUGCUCUUCAGGAGUCUGAGUUUGAGGACCACCACCUACUGUACUCAGUCCAGUUGGUUUUCUCUAAGAGCAGUGGUCAGCAAACUACCACACCAGCUCAUGCACUUAAGACAAUGUUAAUCUAAAAAAAAUGGCUGUCAGUUUCAGGAUGUUAAGAAUUUUAUGAAAAGCCAUGUACAUUUGUAGCAGUUUUCCAAAACUUUAAUUGGUAUUCUUUUAUAAACAAAUAAAACGUUAACUUUUAAAUUAUACCGUUCAUUUUAUUGUGAAAAAGGUGUUGCUCUUCAUACACUAAGAACUGUACAAUCAAUAAUUUAAAAACAUGUCCAGUUUGUUGUUUCUAGAACACUAGAUUAUCCCUUAUUUAAGUAACUCAGCAGCUUUUAUCUUAAACCAAAAGGAAAAAUAGUGUUUACAAUGGUAUGCUCAUGGCAUUCACAUCACCAUUCCCUUUAGCUAACCCACAGGAGUGUGGAGGAGCGUUCUUCCUCACCGCCUUGUAGGGUAGGUUUUACACACGCUGGUUAAGCCUGGUGUUUCAUUAAAUAACACCGUCAAUAGCAAUUCUCUAUUGAAGUCGGCUAAUAGGGGUAAUGUGUGGAAAAAUGGCCUUUCAACUCUAAAUCAGUCUCUUUCCAUUUAAAAUGAUCAAAAGCCAUGUGUAAGGAAGGAGGUCCAGAAUACAUAAUAAGAUCAAAAUUGGAGACUUCAUUCAUAUAAAAAAAAAAAAAUACAAAAGUCACAACUAAGUCACAACUUUUUGUUGCACUUUAUGUGCAGUAAAGAAAAAAGAACCCUACACCAUGUCCUUGAAAACUAAAACCUACCACUAAGGGUUCUGCAGUUGGCCAUGGAUGAGUACAAUAGCCCGCUCCUUCAAACCUCUUAAACAGCCGAUGUUAAAGUUACAGAGGAAUACAGAGAGAAGCUCUUCCAGCACUUUCACAAUGGACUGUUGCCAUUAGGCAGAGCAUACAGCUUCAGAUGACAUGCAUUUUCUCUUUCCAAAGGCAAGUACAGAAGACCUGUGAAAUGCAUCAAACAGUGAAGACUGCCAACCCUCUGGUGGGGUAGGGGCAUAAGGGGUAGCCUGCCUCUCAGCCAGGCCAGAGGAUGCUUCAUUGGGCAGUUUCUGGGGAUUUAGGAAGUCCCUGAGAUAGAGGGGGUAGAGCAUGGGAAUGUAGCCAUACUGCGUUAAACGUCACUCUUCCUGAACAAAGGCGGACACUGAGACUGGAUGGAUGAUGCAGUAGAGUGCAGGGCAGAGCUGUGGCAUGGGGAUCCAUUAUUCAUCAGCCAUGAUUCAUCAAGGCAGAAUCGUCACCGCCGCUGUUCCAACUGGGUGUGGGAAUCACCGGAGCAGCUGGCAGCGGAGAGCUUGAGGCGAGAUGCAGGAAGACAGCCAACUCCUGACCCACUCAAUGUCUUCAGGAGAGCGUGGCCUUGCUGUGGGGCUAGUUCUGCUUUUUUUUUUUUUUUUUUUUUUUUUUUUUUUUAAGCCCAAUUCUUCUGGUGAAAAUGUAUCACAUCAUCACUGAGCUUGUGCUCGAUAUUUAGGUGUGAACAAAUGUGCUCUCCGCUCACGGGUUUUCAAAAUGAUCACUGCUAUGUGUUCAACAGCAUCACUACAGAAACCAUACUUUGUUCUAUAUGCUGUGAAAAAAAAAGGCCAGAACAGAGACAGGUGUGUUUAAAUCAUGCCAAUACAAACACAAGUCUGGCUCGAUACAACACUGAAACAAAGGAGUGCAUUAAUCUGCUAGGAAUCUUUAAAAAA